CAUGACGUCACUACAGAUUAUUACGGAAGUAAACCGGGCGACGAAACCCAGACAGAAACCCAAAUAAAUUUGGAGUGUACACUUCUCUAAUAUUUACAGGUAGUCUAUCAUGUACCCGGGAGGAAGAUUCAAACCAGAGAGGCUAAGAGUCAACCUCAGACUGGUCGUAAAUCGACUCAAACUCCUUGAGAAAAAGAAAACUGAACUUGCUCAGAAGGCAAGGAAGGAGAUCGCAGAUUACCUUGCAGCAGGAAAGGAUGAGCGGGCACGGAUCCGUGUGGAGCACAUUAUCAGAGAAGACUAUCUGGUGGAAGCCAUGGAGAUCCUGGAGCUUUACUGUGACCUGCUGCUGGCUCGCUUUGGCCUCAUUCAGUCCAUGAAGGAACUGGACCCAGGCUUACAGGAGGCAGUGUCCACACUCAUCUGGGCAGCACCUCGACUUCAGUCAGAGGUGUCUGAACUAAAAAAUGUAUCAGACCAGCUAUCUGCAAAAUAUAGCAAAGAAUAUAGCAAGCUGUGCAGGACAAACCAGAUUGGCACAGUCAACGAGCGGCUGAUGCACAAACUGAGUGUGGAGGCCCCUCCUAAACUUUUGGUGGAGCGCUACCUGAUAGAGAUCGCCAAGAACUAUAAUGUGCCGUAUGAGCCUGACGCCAUGGUCCAGCCCCAGGUGUCUCCUGGAGAAGAGGCAGACCUGAUUGAUGUGGACAUUGACAAGAAGCCUAGAGGAGGAGGAGGAGGAGGUGGCGGAGGUUUCACUGCUCCUGCUGCUGCUAUGCCUAUGCCCAUGCCUAUGCCCAUGCCUAUGCCAACAGCGUUCAACUAUCCACCUCCCAAAGGAGCUGAACCGUAUAAUCCUCCCGUUGGAACCUACAGCAAUUUCCAGCACCCCAUGGGAGGAGGGCAGCCCCCUCAGCUGCCCUCUUGUCCCCCCACAUAUGAGUCCAUUGAUGACCUCACUGACAAACCUUCUGUUCCUUCCCAGGCCGUAGGUCCAGGUCCUUCGUCUCAGCCAUUUGACAAUGCUCUCCCAGAGCUCCCCUCUGUUCCAGACACACUGCCCACAUCCUCUUUUGGCGGAGGCGCCACCAACUCCUCCUCGGAUGACAUCGACUUUGAUGACUUAACGCGGCGAUUUCAGGAGCUGAAGAAGAAGAUGUAACUGCUAUAUCCCUGGUCAAUAUAUACACACAUACACAGGCCCGUGCCGUCACCCACGCAGCUAAGAACGGGAAAAAAGGCUCUGAAUCAGUUUUGGGUAGUUCUCCCUCUUUCAUGUUGAAGUACAGUGAUAUUUAACAUACAUGCAUUCUUCAUUUGUAGAAUUAUAAGUUGACAGAAAUCUAAUUUCUGUUGGCAGUACCAGUGAAUACCACAUUUUUUAAUUCCUUUCUACUGGGCACUUAAUAUAUAUUCUUACAUACAAUCAUGUGGGUGCUGACCCCCGUUAGCUGCUUCUCAUUUAAGGUCACACCGACUUAUAACUUUUUCCCAUUUGUCUGUGUGAUGCCCCAUAUAACCAAACUUAGAUUUUAAUUGUAGCUUUUCCAGGGGGUUGACCAAUAUUUACAUGCCUUGAUUCUACUUUUGCACACGUUCUGUCGCUGUGAUCUUUGCCACUGUGUCACUCAGUCCUCUCACAGACCAGUCAAACAAGCCAGACCGGCUGCCCCGGUUGUGAUCAGGAGCUGGCAUUCAUACAAACAAAGGAUGCAGAUUGUUUCCAAGGCGAGGCUCUGAGAAUACCCCGAAUUGUUUCUGCAUAAAGGUAUCGGGACAGAUGGAAGCCAUAUUUUUAGUGUCUUACGCAGUCAUGCAGUUACGUCACUGUGGAACGGACGCUUUAAAACACUCCUUUCACUUUAAGGUUUAUUUAAACUAGAGAAAAAGAAAUGGUGACACACGUCAAACCUGUUACAGGGGUGGUGGGACACAGAUGUAAAGUGAUAAAACGGUGUAUGAAAAUCUGUAAUAUAACACAUUUAAAAUGAUAUACAUAGACCUAUUUACACAAAUGAUUGAACUGUACAGUAAAAAAGGGUAGGAGGCAGUAUUUGACAAAUCUGUUUUUUUUAGUAUCCAAAUAAAGUUGUAUAUGCCCCUUUGAAUGUCUGUUGUACCAAAUACCUGCACCCUCUUAUCGUUGAUGUUCUUAAUUUAAAUGUGUGCAGCCACACAACAGCUUAAUUUGAUUGAUUAGAUGUAAAUAUUGACCCCAGAGGUGAUAGGUUUGUGUUAACCCCUUUGAUCGUGUGUGCAUGUGUCUUAUACUGUAUGUGCACCACUGCGUUUGCCUUAGUUACCAUCUCUCAUCAGAGGCCUUGCCAGUCUGUACCAGGAUUAUGCAUUUGUUGUCCAUCAAGACUGGAUCCUUGUUACCUGUAUUGUGUCUCAGUCGAUUAGAUUACACUUGGUUUUAUUUGCUUUGCCCAUAAACAAUUCUCUAAAAACCCGUUAAGUUGAAAUUUGCGGAUUUGAUGGAAAAAAUGUCUGCACAGGCAAUGGGUAUUAAUGUAUCUAUUUCGGGAGACUUUUGUUGUCGUACAGACGUGAUGGGUCACUGCAGCUUAAAUCACACCCAGCUCUGCUUGUAUGGCAAACACAGUUAAUGGACGAUGGCCCUGAAUAAAAUGAUUAAGCAGUCUCUGGAAAGCAAAAAAAAACCUUCCAGAUGGGGGUUAGACACAGUUUAUGGAUAGGUUUUACAUACUAUGUUGGACAAAGUUCAGAGAUAAACACUACAGAACUGUGAUCUGCCCGCUGUCUUGUCUACGUUGGACUGCUCUUUCAUGCUAAACAUUGAGACCCUAAAUGGUGUCUUGUUGCAUAAAAGAGGAGUUGUUUUUUCACUGUAUACUAAAAUAACAAUUUAAUAAAAGAUUAUUUGGAACUGGAA